AGGUUAUAAGGUUCCGCGAAGGCUCCUCCCGUUCCACCGGAAUGUGUGUAGGUCGGUGUGGACGUGGCGCGGCGGAAAACACGGAGACGGGAGCACAAAGGAGGCUCCCUGCGCAAACUCACUGACACGGCAGCUCGUCCACGUGGAACCUGUCAUCGACCAAAACACAGUCCGGUCUCCGUGGCAGCCAUAAAGUGGGGUGGGGGUGCAGGACGUUGCGCAGUGCAGGACCGGGAGGUGCAGUUGGGACGGUGCGGGGACAGAGACAGAGGUGGAGGCUGAUCCAGAUGUGAACCAGUGGACAUCAAGCUGCCUGAGCUAAAGACAGUCACCAUGCAGACAGGUGUUGUUGUGAAGUCUCACCUGGGCACGUUGGUCCUGUGUGUCCUGUUCCUGCUCCUCAACCUGUGUCUGGCUGCACCAGGCCAACCAGGGACACUGAGAGAGGAUUCAGUAGAUGCCCAUUCUCCUUCCGUAGUACUAGCCAAUCCCUUUGGCUCUGGGGAGGAGGAUCGCAGGUUGCUGCAGAGUUUCAUUCAGGCCAGUGUGAAGCAGUCUGACGGUCAGGAAGGAGCAGAAAUCAGCUCCUGGGAACAAGAGGUGUUCUUCCUUUUUCGUCUGUAUGACUUCGACCGCAGUGGGUUGUUGGACGGCUUGGAGAUGAUGAAGCUCCUCUCAGACUACAUCUCCCAUCAUACACCAGGAGCACAGAACAAUGAGUUUCUGAGGAGGAAUGAGGUGGUGCCAAUGGUAGACUUUUUACUUCAGACUCAGGAUCUAAACCAGGACGGCCUACUGGCCCCCUCAGAGCUGCUCUCUCCUUCAUUACCUCACACAAAGGACUCCGGCAGCGAGGUGGCAGCAGAGGAGAGGCUGGCAAAGCCCGGCACUGAGGAGGACACAGCUGGAGCAGUGGAGCUGAGAGAGGAGGCUCAUGGGGGUUUACAGCCUCAAGAGAACGAGCAACCUCAAGAUGAAGUGAAGACCGAAGAGGGAGAUGGAGAUGGACUUAUAAAGCUUUCAGAUGAACAAAUUGCACAACAACUCCCAAACGUCCCAGCAGAAGAUCAGGAGCAUCACCAGAGAGCGCCCGUACAUCAGGGGCAACCCGAGAUGUGAAUCCACUAACACAUUAGAGAUCCUUCUGGCUUCCUGGGUCCUGAGUACCACUAUCACCUGAGAGAACCUUAGUUUUCCUCCUCACAGAAGGUUCUGAUCUUACAAUGGACUGUUUAACAUGUUUAACAUUAUUGAUGCAUCUGUUGAGAGUAUUCCUGUCACUGUGUUGGAAAACAGGCGUAACCUUUUGCUUUCAUUCUGAUUACAAAAAUAUCUAAAGCUGUACAAGGGACCAAAGUCCUGAGUUCCAGAUGCAAUAAUACCCAUGUUUGUAAGAUUGAAGCCAUCAAAAUACUACUUUGACACAUGUUUUUAUCCCAACAAGACAAACAGUUGAUCAUUGAAUUUGAAAUCAUUUGAAAGUUAUAAGAUGUGUUUAAUGUGGAAUUUCUUCAAUACUUUUUAUUCACCCUUUUCUCCCAGACGUGAUUUUCGUAGCAAGUUUGACUGUUUUUCUUUGCACAGACUGUUACAAGCAGCUCAGUUGUGUUAUUAAAUUUGAUUCAGAAUUUCCUUGAAAUGGGGUUAAAAGUCACAUGUAUAUUUUGAUGAGGAAUUCAAUGUUCCCGAAUGAGUUUCGUCACUUUGAAAUCAUAGAACAGCCCACCUACAGUGUUGAGUUACAGCCGAUCACCACUAGACUACAGGCUCAUGAAUGUUCAUCCUCACAGGCAGUGACAGGAAGGCUUUGCUGAAUGCCAUUAGAUCUGAUGCAAUCCUAAAUUCAGUCUUUAUCUGCGAACUGGAAAUGUGUUUACAGCCUGACAGGGUUUACUACUUGUUUUUCAUUUGUUUACUUUUCUAAUCAUUUAUGCAUUUAAACAGCUGGAGAAAACAAAGUUAAUACUGUUCCUCUCUCUUUCACUCUGCCUCCUGAUUCUGAAAUGGGUAAGAUAUGUCAGAAUGUCUCAUUCUAAAUCAAAUGAAAUUGAAAAGGCAGGAACACAAAACAUACACACACUGUGUACCAUUAUAAGAAAGAUAUCUAUAUUAGUAAUUGGCUUUCCACAUAAGCAUGUGGCAGGAAGGUUCUAGAACAGAACCAUGGCGCCAAAUAUAACUUAUCACAAUCAUUGAAAUAGAAUGAAUUUUGACGAAAGUGGUCCUGGCUGAAAAUAAAUCAAUUCAACAGAGUCACUGUUGUUUAGAGACACUUACACCUUUAGAGAAGUUCUUUAACUUUUCCACGAACAUUUAAUUGAGUUCAAAGGUAAACUGCUUAGAUUGUGGUGGUCAAAGGUCAUGGUACAGAACAUAUUCCUGGCAAAUAAAGACGAGAGCUUCAGUC